AAGUUUUUAAAUCGGGGAAUUUAGGGCAAGAUAGGGUUUUAGAAGAGACAUGUCGAAUCGCAAGGAGACUGUGCUCGAUUUGGCCAAGUUCAUCGACAAGGGCGUGUGCGUCAAACUCAGUGGCGGGCGCCAAGUGAUCGGGACCUUGAAAGGCUAUGACCAGCUACUCAAUCUCGUCCUGGAUGAGGCAGUCGAGUACUUGAGAGAUCACGAUGAUCCAUUGAAGACAACGGAUCAAACCAGAGCUCUCGGCCUAGUGGUUUGUAGAGGUACUGCGGUGAUGCUCGUCGCUCCAACCGAUGGUACCGAAGAAAUCGCCAACCCUUUCGUGACACAAGAUCCGGCCGUGAUAUAGUCUCGAGGGAAAAGCCUUUUUUUUUUUCUCUCCAUCGCUGAGCCUGCAAGAAUGCGUCUCUUCCUCAAGCCAAGCAGAUCCACUUAUCUCUCAACUCUUCCCAUCCAAAUUGGAGAUGCUCGCUCAGUCUUCGAUGGUGUGAUCCCCCACUUCGAACUUGAUGCUCUCGGCUUAUGCCAAGAACGGGCAUUUGGAAGGAGAUUUACGGGCUUGGUUUUGUGAAGUGCCAUGUUAAAUCGCGUUCUUUUGAUCGAUGCGGAAGAAGGAUCUAGCUCUUUUGAUCGUGGAAAACUGAUGUUAGGGAGAAGAGGUAUUUGGUUUCAGGUGCCGGAGAUUCUUUCAAUGAGGACAUAGAAGUGGUGGGGUGGUUUUUUGAUGGAAUGAUGUGGUUCGUGGAACACAAUUAUCGAGAAUGUUAGGAAUAUAUUUGAUGAUUCGCAAGAAAA